AUGGGUAGGUCUCCAUGCUGUAGUAAUAGUCGGGGGUUAAAGAAGGGUCCUUGGACACCGGACGAGGAUGAAAAACUUGUCUCUCACAUCCAAAACCACAGCCAUGGAAGUUGGCGCGCUCUUGCGAAGGCGGCGGGGCUGAGCAGGUGUGGCAAGAGUUGUAGACUGAGAUGGCAUAAUUACUUGAGGCCAGACAUUAAGCGCGGUCAGUUUUCUGAAGAAGAAGAUAACCUGAUUAUCCAGCUUCAUUCUGUUCUUGGUAAUAAGUGGUCACAAAUUGCAGCACAUCUUCCAGGAAGAACAGAUAAUGAUAUAAAGAACUACUGGAACACUCAUAUAAAGAAAAAAUUACUCAAGAUGGGUAUCGAUCCUGCAACUCACAUGUCAAGAGCUGAUGAACUUAACUUCAUAGCUAAUCAUCUCGCCCAAGUUCUUGCACCCCCACCACAUGUCGGUACUUCUAUCAACCAUCAAGUACAUGCAAAUGAUCAUCUUCAACUCCAGCAAAACAUCUUCCAAAUCCCAUACACAGAUAAUAAUAAUAAUAAUAAUAGUAAUCAUAAUUCAUCAUUUCUUCCAAAUACCAACAUUAAUGCUAUGUACUCAAGCUCUCUAGGAUUUGGCCAAGUUCCUAACUAUUAUGUGGGCCAAAGCCAUGCAACAACAGUUGUUGAUAAUACUACUUACGAAACCCUAGAUGCUGAGAAAAGGCUUCCUGCGCCUUUCACUGUUAACCAACUUGAGAGCAACAACGACACUAAUGGCAGCUCCUCGGCCGCCGCCGUAACUACCAUAACCGGUGACUGCUUGGAAGAUUGGGCAAAGCUUAUUGAUGAUGGCAAUGACUUCUGGAAAGAAUUGUUCAAGUAA